CAAAAAUUAACCUAGGAACUACUCUGUACUCUGUCUUACCGCCAAAAUCCCCGCCACUGCACAACGGCAAACACAUCAGAAAGGAUGGCUUCCACCACAGAGCUCACGCAGAGCGAUGAUCACCCGCCGCACUUGGAUCCGAGCGAAUUGGGCACGAAGCAAUACUGGGAGUCAUACUACGAACGCUCGUUGGAGCAUUUGUCCUCGAAGCAGCGCGGGAGUCGGACGCCUGGAGAUGCGGACGCCAGCAGCGAUAACGACGACGACGAUGAUGAUGACGAUCCGGGCACGUCCUGGUUUACCGAGCACAAUGCGCCGGAGAAAGUGUUGCGGUUCUUGACGGCGGAAGGGUUCCCGCUUGCGCCCUGCAACACGAGCGGGCGGGAGCAGCCGAGGAUAUUGGAUCUGGGGACCGGGAAUGGGAGUAUGCUGACGUUGCUGAGGGAGGAAGGGGGUUUCCUCGGGGAUAUGGUCGGGGUGGAUUACUCGGAGAGGAGUGUGGAGCUGGCGAGGAGGUUGGCCGGGGGAGGUGGUGGUGGCCAGGGGCGGCGGAUCCGGUUUGAGGUGUGGGAUAUACUCGCUGCUGGCGAGGGUGAUGAUGAUGAUAAUGAUGGUAGUGGUGGUGGUAAUAAUGGACUGGACGGCUUGGAGUGGUUUCCUGCGGCGGAGGGCGGGUUUGAUAUCGUGCUGGAUAAGGGGACGUUCGAUGCCGUGUCGUUGUCCGGGGAGGAGAUUGUCGAGGGCGAGAGGAAGGUGGUGAGGCGGGUGUGCGAGAUGUAUCCGCGGGUUGCGAGGCGGUUGGUGAAGAAGGGCGGGUUCUUGGUGGUGACAAGCUGUAAUUGGACGGAGGACGAGCUGGUGAGAUGGUUCACGCGGGCUGAUGGCCGUGACGGGGGAGAUGCGCUGGAGGUCUGGGGCAAGGUCGAGUAUCCCAAGUUCAGAUUUGGCGGAAUGGAAGGACAGGGGGUGUGCACGGUUUGCUUUCAGAGGAAGAGAGGGCAGUAAGAGCCCGCCUGACAGGAUAUCUACAUAUCUUAGUUACCCACUGUCGGUGGCCUUCACCUCCUAAGGUCGACAUCAUUUCUCUCAAUUCUUCUUUCUCAGCAGCGCCACGACACACCACCUUGCUCGAUUCUCCGGGCCUUCGCCCUCUCUGACCGGCCGCCAUUCCCGCGUCACUUCGCCCAUCUCGCUCGUCGCAUUGACGUCCCUCUCAUAGAUCUCUUCCACAACUAACCCCAUCGACACGGCCGUCUCGAAAAACAAAGCCACGAUCUCUCUGCCGGUAUGAAAGCCAGCAACCACCCAUGCCACGCCCGCUUCUUCACCCCUGUCCUCCACAGGCCCAGCAGUUGACCCCUGUUCGGUCUUCGCCGGCGCUUUCAGGAACCACAGCAAAGACCUGACCAGAUUCUCAUGCUGAUCCCUCAUCCACAGACAAUCCGCGCAGAUGAUGCGCGUGAAAGCGCCCUUGUUAUCCGCCGCGAAUCUGAUCACGUUCUCAUCUCCGUCUUCUGCAGG